AUGGCGUUCUCGGCGCCGGCGGCCUACCUGACGCACCAGCAGAAGGUGCUGCGGCUGUACAAGCGGGCGCUGCGCCACCUGGAGUCCUUCUGCGUCCACAGGGACAGGUACCGGUACUUCGCUUGUUUGAUGAGAGCUCGGUUCGAGGAACAUAAGAAUGAAAAGGAUAUGGCGAGGGCCACCCAGCUGCUGAGGGAGGCGGAGGAAGAAUUCUGGCACAAUCAGCACCCUCAGCCGUACAUCUUCCCCGACUCUCCCGGGGGCACCUCCUAUGAGAGAUACGAGUGUUACAAGGUUCCUGAGUGGUGCUUAGAUGACUGGCAUCCUUCUGAGAAGGCAAUGUAUCCUGAUUACUUUGCCAAGAGAGAGCAAUGGAAGAAACUGCGGAGGGAAAGCUGGGAGCGAGAGGUGAAGCAGCUGCAGGCGGAAACCCCAGCUGGUGGUCCCUUCACCGAAGCUCUGCCCCCUGCCCGGAAGGAAGGGGACCUGCCCCCCCUGUGGUGGCACAUUGUGACCAGGCCCCGGGAGCGGCCCACAUAG